CAGACGUCACUCAACAGGACUAGGGAGGCGGCCAGACGUCCCUAUACAUGACCAGAGCAGCGGCCAAACGUCACUCCACAGGACCAGAGCGGCGGCCAGACGUCAGAGCGGCCAGUGGACCCACCCACAGGACCAGAUUCAGUGAGUGAUUCGGCCGGCCUGCCCCCUGCGCCGAUGUCGCAGAGCGCCUCAGACCGGUCGUCUAUCUGCCUGUAAACAAUUGCUUCUCGUUAUCGUGCCACGCCGCCCGGGAUGCGUCAGUCCGCCUGUGGUGCCGGGAGGCGGCGGCCAACGCUCUCGUCGCUCGUGGUCGCAGCCCCGCCCGCAGCCGCCGUCACCAUGGAUAUUCUCGUGGCGCAGAUUCUCGGCAUCCUCGUCAUCUUCUUGGUCACCACCACCAUCGGCGUGCUGCCCGGCGUGCUGAUGCGGCGUAACGCCAGUGCGAUCAGCGUGGAGUCGCGCGGGUUCCGCACAGUCCUGUCGGUGGCCAACUCGCUGGCCUCGGGCGUCUUUCUGGACCUGUGCUUCCUCGGUCUGAUCCCGAUGGUGCAGGAACUUUUCAGCAAACUGUGGGUGGAGCUGGAGGUGUCAGUGCACUACCCGGUGGGCGAGGCACUCGUGCUGGUCGGCUUCUUCUUGAUUCUGACUGUGGAGAACUUUGCCAUCUGGUUGCAGGGGCGCGGCCAGCAAAAGCCAGAGCCUGGUAUGCGCGCGCUCAGCAUCGAGAACAUAGCGGACGUAGUGUCGGAGGCGGCGCCACGGACGACUCUGCCCAAGGGAGACGACCGCGAAGACGGUGGUGAGGCCGGCCGGCCGCUGACGGCACAGACAGGUGGCAAAGAGCCAAACGGUGUUGAGCUCCAGGUGAUGGCGGCACCGGAGACGUCGGGGCAGGGUCACAGCCACGGCGCCGUGCUCGCGGCGAACAACUCGGGGCUACGUUUCCUCAUGCUGCUGUCGGCCAUCAGUCUGCACUCGCUGUUUGAAGGCAUGGCCAUUGGCCUGCAGGUGUCAAUGUCGGUGCUGCUGAACUUGCUGCUGGCCAUCCUGAUUCACGAGUCGCUGGUCGGUCUGGCCAUUGGUGUGAAGAUAGCACAGCAGAAGGUCAGCUUCUGGAAGAGCCUGCGCCUCAUCUGCGCCUUCACCACCAUGAUCCCGCUUGGGAUCGGACUGGGAAUCGCGCUGGGUACGGCGGAAGGCGCAACCGGUUACGCCCUGUCGGGCACGUGCCAGGCGCUGGCCGCCGGCGUCUUCCUGCACGUCACGUUCAUGGAGCUGGUGCCGGACGAGCUAGAACACUCGCAGAACGCCUUCGUCAGCAUCGCCUGCAUGUUCUUGGGCUUCUCGGGCAUGUCGCUUAUCGUUUACCUCACCGAGUGAAGGAAGACUGCGCUGAACCAAAUCUGCGAGCCCGGCAUUCCAAGUCGCCUGUGGAGCGGGCGAUGUCAGUUUCUACUUCGAAUGACUGGUGCUCAGGACGAGGUCACUCAGUUAGGCAGCGCCUCGAGCCGGGACCAACACCACCUGCACUUUCAACAGGGCCAUAUGCUAUCGGCCGUCGAAACAUAUCUAUCUAGAGGAAAGAACCAAAGCAGGCCAAGGCCUGGCACAAGAUAUCCCCCGCAAACUGGCAGGAUAUUAUACCGGAACCAGCGUGCCUUGAAGAGGAGUCCGUCCCUGAGGGCGGUGGCAAUGCCCGCGAGGCUCUCACCAUCUGCACCAGAUGGCGUUUGACGACAGACAGACAGGCGCUGAACAGUGGGCCCAGUACAGUGUUACGCUCCGAGUUCUUCCAAAGAAGAGUGCGCCCAGUACAGUGUCACGUUCUGAGUUCUUCCAAAGAAGAGUGCGCCCAGUGCGGUGUCACGUUCUGAGUUCUUCCGCAGAAGGCCGUCCACACGCGCGCGUUGCUCACCAUAGCAGGUGUGGCCAGAUGGGGAGCAAUACAUGGGUAAGAGGUGUGACAAGUGUGGCUCUGGUCAACUGGUGAAGUUGGAGUGGUGGAAGCACUGGAUGGCCAGUUUCAUUUGUUUAUGUCAAAGGUGGUAGGUGUAACAGCAUUGGCCUGAGUGGUGUACUUUUUUAGGGUCAUGGGACACCAAACUUUGCGAUGUCAUUCAUAUGCUCAGAAACAUGUUCUGGGAAUGUGUAUCUAUGCCAUUUCCGCUAAUAAUAUUUAUCUUUCCUUAAUGUCAUUCGGUAUGAUUGUCGCACUCUUGAAAUGAACAAUCGCGAUUCACAAUGG